AUGAACUUGAUAGCGAUGAACGACAAGGAUGAGAUCUAUGAGGAUCCUGAGUCUACUGAGGUUGAUGAGAGCGAGGACACGGAUGAUACGGGAACGAGUGUGGAGGCAUCAGUGAAGCAGAAAGAGGAGAUAGUCGCCAUGGAGGCAGCAGCAGUGAAUGGUGGCGAUGGAGAUGGUGUCAACACCUUUGCAGCAGCGAUCGUGGUUGAAGAUGAAGCAGCAAAUGCGAAGUGUGUGGCAGUUGAAGCUGUGAAAGGGGACAUCAUGGUGAAGGGAUCAACGGCGAAUGCAACUGCAAAGGGGCGAGUGCUUAUGAAAGAGGAACACGUUGAGGGGUACGAGACCCGAGAUGUGUUGGGUGUUAAGAUGCCGAGGAGAAGUGAGAGGCUUAAGAAAAUGUCUCGAGGUUUGGACGUCAAGGCGCUCAAAUUCAAGACACGUAAGGAGAGGUUCAAGGUGUUGGAGCAGCAUGGCAGGGACGAGUCAUACCACGAGGCUGUCCCACCAGACGCGGUCGCAUUCGCCCACUCCACCCACCAAGUGCAACAGCUGGUAACUGCAUGCGCCGCCGCCCGCGUGCCCGUCAUUCCCUAUGGUGCCGGCACCUCUUUGGAAGGCCACGUGGCGGCGCUCUGUGGGGGGGUCUCCAUUGACCUGUCGCAGAUGAACGAGGUGGUGGAGGUGCAUGCAGAGGACAUGGACUGCAGGGUGCAGGCAGGGGUCACACGUCAGCAGCUCAACCACCAUCUGCACGACUUGGGGCUCUUCUUCCCCGUUGACCCAGGCUCGGAAUGCACCAUAGGUGAGUGGCAGGCUCGGAAUGCACCAUAG